AUGACAUUGUCAACAUUAGAUAUCAAAUUGAUAUCGAUAUGUUCAUUGUUUACCUUUAGUUUAAUAUUUGGUUUGAUACCUUAUUUCAUAAAAAGAAGAAAGAACCAAAGUAAAACGAAUGUAGUCCUAUCUUUUUGUAAUUCUUUUAGUGGUGGUGUUUUCUUUGGUGCCGGAAUGUUACAUCUAUUUGCUGAUUCAACGCUAGGUCUCUAUGUAUAUAGUCAACGAUUCAAUAAUUAUCCAAUAUCUAGUAAUAGUAAUAAUAAUAAUAGUAGUAGUAAUAAUAAUAGUAAUUAUAGUAAUAAUAAUAAAGAUAAUAGUAUAAAAACAUCCGAUAAUUCUACAACAAUAAUAUAUUACGAUGAAAAUGAAGCUUUAAAUAAGAAACAAAUCAAUGGUGGUUGUACAGAUGAUGAAGAUCAAGAGUCGCUACUUGGAAAUAAUAUUAAUAGCAAUAGUACUAGUGAUGAUUACGAUGAUAAUGUUGAUAGUAAUGGUAGUAGUCAUAAUCACCACCACCACGACAUAUCUAGGAAGAUGAAGGAUAGUUAUAUACCAUAUAUUUUAGUGAUUGGAUUAUCAGUACAUUCACUAUUCGAAGGCAUAGCACUUGGUGUUCAAAAUACACAAGUUCGAAUUCUAGAUAUAUUGGUGGCUAUUUUCGCACAUAAAUUCCUUGCCUCAUUUGCAUUAGGUGUAAAUAUUGUACAAUCAAAAAGUGAUAAUACAUCAUUCUUAAAGAUAUUUACAUUAAUAUUAAUAUUCUCAAUAGCAUCACCUAUUGGAUCUAUCAUUGGAUUGUUAGUUUCCAACUUGGAUUGUACAUUGGCAUCGUCGAUACUUCAAGGAGUAGCGAGUGGAACGUUUCUCUAUAUAUCGGUGAUCGAAAUCAUACCAAGAGAAAUCAAUCAUCAGAGUAAACAUCUGGUGUUGAAAUCGAUAUUAUUACUCUUUGGUUUUUCGAUCAUGGCAAUCGUUGCACUCUGGAUAUAA